AGCUCGAGUCGAGGCAGACAUUGCUGCGAUGGAGGCAAUUGGUGUCUCCUACUCGAACCCGUUGGAGGACUACGAGUUGAUUCACCGAAUCGGGAGUGGUACAUACGGAGAUGUAUUUAAGGCCCGAGACAUCAAGACGUCUGUGGUAUCUGCAAUCAAAGUUGUAAAACUAGAUCCCGGUGACGACAUCUCAUCUAUCCAGCAGGAGAUCACCAUGAUUAAAGAAUGCAACCACAAGAACAUUGUGGCCUAUUUCGGCAGCUACCUCAGAAAUAACAAGCUGUGGAUCUGCAUGGAGUACUGCGGAGGAGGUUCCCUGCAGGACAUUUAUCAUGCUACUGGCCCCCUGAAUGAGAGGCAGAUUGCGUAUGUGUGCAGGGAAACACUCCAAGGACUGCAUCACUUACAUGAGACUGGGAAAAUGCACAGAGACAUAAAAGGAGCCAACGUUCUUCUAACAUCGCGAGGAGAUGUCAAACUGGCGGAUUUUGGCGUUGCAGCUGAGAUCAAUGCUUCUGUUGCCAAGAGGAAGUCCUUCAUAGGCACGCCUUACUGGAUGGCACCCGAGGUGGCAGCAGUGGAGAAGAAAGGCGGGUACAACCAGCUAUGUGACAUCUGGGCAGUGGGCAUCACCGCUAUCGAGCUGGCAGAGCUUCAGCCUCCAAUGUUUGACCUGCACCCAAUGAGGGCCUUGAUGGUGAUGUCAAAGAGCAGCUUCCAGCCUCCCAAACUGAAGGACAAGUCCAAAUGGUCCGUUGACUUUCACAGCUUUGUGAAAGUAUCCCUCACCAAGAACCCUCGCAAAAGGCCCACUGCAGAGAAGUUGCUACAGCACCCCUUUGUGAGUCAGCGGCUGACCAGGACCCUGGCCAUUGAACUGCUGGACAUGGCCAGCAACCCUGUUCUGCAAACCUCACACACUAUGGAUGAGAGUGAUCUUGAGACAUGCAGUGCAUUCCCUGAUAAGAUCCAGUCCUUAGGGAAACCCCUGUCGGUCCAGAGGACUCAGUCUGAGGAGCAGUUUGAUCUGCUAAAAUUUGGCCCUCCCAUGAGGAAGGAGACUGACCCCUCUCCUGACCUGGGAUCAUAUGACGAAUGGAGCAUUACAGAUGAUGAAAAGAACUCCUCGAGUCUACUGGAGUGUGUUGAGGAAGCAUUGCUUGAAAGGAGGUUAACCGUCAAGAGAGCGCCCUCUGCUGAGGUGAGAGGGAACUACACACUGUAUUAUCUUAUCCUCUCAGGCACUCCACACUGUUUCUUUGGAGCUGCACCAGCGUGUGUCUGUGUUCAUCUGUUGCAGCACUCUCCUGAAGAUGAUGAUGGUGAUAUGGAUAAAUGUGGCACAGUGAAGAGGAGUGGGGUCCUCAGUCCUGCCCCAAGGAAUACCAUCCCCCAGUCCACUGACACUACUAGCGCCAUAGAAUGCACUGGCAAUUGUGACUCCACCCCUCCCACUGUCACUCCUCCAUUCACAGACCCCACCCUGGCUGACCCCUCUCUCUUCAACUGCUCCUCUCCCUCUGAAGAAAAGGCUCAAAUCCAUCAUCCUGAGACCCUAUACUGCACUGAAGGGUCUGGACAGAGGCCGGGAAAGACGGCCGCCAAGGCCCAGCAGCCCCCACUGUCUCCAGAAUGGAGCACACUCAGGAGGAAAACUGAGGACUCGAGAGGUGAUUGCCAUGGACUUCCACCCACACCCAAAGUCCAUAUGGGGGCCUGUUUUUCCAAGGUGUUUAAUGGCUGUCCAUUAAAUAUCCACUGUGCUGUCACAUGGGUCCUGCCAAAGACUAAAGAUCAACACCUCAUCCUGGGGACAGAGGAGGGCAUCUACACCCUGAACCUCAACGAGCUCCAUGAGGACACAAUGGAGAAGUUAUUACCCCAGAGGUGCAGCUGGCUGUAUGUCAUGAACAAUGUGCUAAUGUCUAUCUCAGGGAAAUCAUCGCAGCUGUGCUCCCAGAGGCUGACCACCCUGUUUGAUCAGCGCAGACACCUGCCGAAGAGGCAGGGCCACCUGUCCAUCAACACCCACCGCCUCACAGAGAGGAUCAACUCAAGAAAGUUUUCUGUGUCUGGAAAGAUACCAGACACCAAAGGCUGUCGACGCUGCAGCGUUGUGCGUAACCCAUACACUGACAGCACAUUUUUGUGUGCUGUUGUACCAACUGGCCUUGUCCUACUGCUGUGGUACGAGCCCCUGCAGAAGUUCAUGCAACUCAAGCAUAUCGCUGUGAGUCUCCCAGAAACCCUCCCCAUCUUUGAACUGCUUGUCCUGGAGAAAGAGGAGUUGCCACAGGUGUGUGUGGGUGUGAGCAGGUUACAGGCCCCUGUCAAGACCUGUGAGCAGGUCCACUUUGACAUCAUCCACUUGAAUGACACACCCAGAGCCCAGACAGGUAGUCAAUCUCUGAAGGUGAUGCAGGUAACUCAGCUGGACAGAGACACGGUACUGAUCACUCUGGAGAACACUGUGAAAAUUGUGACUCUGAAUGGAAAUCCAUGCGAAGGGAGGACCUCAAAGUUGACCUUUGACUUUUCCAUUGAGACUCUUGUAUGUUUGCAGGAUAGUGUUCUGGCCUUCUGGAAGCAUGGGCUUAAAGGUAGAAGCUUGAAUAGUGAUGAGGUUACACAAGAGAUCACGGAUGAAAGUCGAAUAUUCAGAGUCUUGGGAACCACAAGGGACAUUAUCUUGCAGAGUACUCUCACGGACAAUCCAUCUGCCUUAAGCAACUUGUACAUCCUGACGGGGCAUGAGAGUAGCUACUGAGGAAAUCAGAGAAUGGAGGACAUUCUGUCUCGAGGAAGUACACAGCAGUCUCCUACUACUCCUAAAAGGACAAGCACAAAGUCAAUAAGGAUGGAGCAAGGAUGCCUACAAGGGCGAGUGGUUGGCCGAAAAGACACAGCUGGGACUGUCUGAGCUUUGAUUGGAGUGGGCUUUCCUCACGGCUUCUUUGCGUCCAAAUUGACCUGUGAAUAUCAGUGGUUCAAAACAAUACCAGUGGCCUAGGCUACAUAAAGAUCUUGGCAUUGCAGUUGCAGAUUUAAAACCACACUUGUCAUAACUCUCUCCUGUGACGAUCUGAAGGAUCAGGUUACAGUGGGUCUGCGCUACAGCGUGCCCCCUCUCGUAGAGCGGGAAGUCGGCUGUUUUUUUAUGGCGGUCAUAAAAUACGCUGCCUCUAUGCUCUGUAGUGUUCGAUCUUGGAAUGUAAACUGUGGAACACUGAGAGACCCUUGGACAUCAAAAGUGUGAAUAAUUAAACAAUAUUUUUUAUUUUUGAGAAUGUGGUCCGUGGACACUUAAGGGACAUUCGUGAAGAGUGUGUUUCAUUUGGUGAUCUCAUGAAGGACAGGAAACCCUCUACUGUGUCUUUGGUUGUGUACACUUCUUAAUUAUGGAGUUUACAUCUAAAUAUUGUGAAAUGUUUGUGAUUAAACAUGAAACUAUUUGUGAAAAGAUGUAAUGUGAUAACCUUCUAAAUGAGAAAAUAUGGGUUUUCAUAUAAAGUUAACCAAAUCAGUGGCCACGCCCACAUGAGCGUAGACAUUACGUCGGCGUCAUGGACCGCCCUUUUCUCAGACGUGUAUAAAAUCCACUCCUGACUAAAUUGACAUUAGACUAGAAAACAUGGAGCUGACGCUACAUGUUGAAAUGGUUAAGAACUACAACUCUAUAGGCCCAGGAGACCAGACAGCGUGUAGUGUUGGCUACACGGCUGAAAAUGGUUCAACUCUGAGACUAUCGAUCACUACAGAAUAAGAGCAAAUCCUAGAUGUAGAAUUACUAGUCUGCAGCUGGAAAUUACGUAAAUCUAGUACGAGAAUAACGACAACCGCGGAAGCAUCUAUUCUAUGCAACGGCCAUCUGUACGCCUGACGUAUCCAUUACAACAGACACUAUCCAGAGCCGCUGAGAAAGCUACAACCGCGAAAGACAUUGUGACUUCUGUGGACGUUAACCAGAGACUCUGAUGAACUGAGUCUCCAGCAGACGGACCUGGUCGAUUCCAACAGAGAAGACCACAACGACAUAUGGGCGUAAAUGUAUACAUUGCAAUUAUUUUCCAAUGAGCGGCCGUUCAUGUGCAAAGGAUUAGCAUUUCAAUUAAUAUAAUUAUCAACUGGGUAGUGAAUCCAUUAUGUCUUUCCCGCUCUUUCUGUUCCCACCCCUUUCCAUUGUCUACCAAGCCUCACAGAAUGGUUUAGCCCACUAGGGAUUUUUCAAUGUGUUGUGUUAGUAACCAAUAACUAUAUUGUUUGUUUAUGUAUUUCUGUGAUUUGUUUAGUUAGUAAAUAAAUAAUUA